AACGCUGAGUUGCCAAAAACUGCAGUUCCUCAAGUGGCCACUUGAGGCGAGUUCCUGCUGAGCUGACAGCAGUGUGUUUUUGUUCUCUCAGGCUUUCAGAGGAAGAGUGUGUCAUCACCUCAAAGGUCAGUUCUGACUUACACGAGGCUGCAAAGUGCUCAUCCCGUCUCCUGGUAAUCAGACUAACCGACGGGCAGCAAGUGUCCGUCCUGCUGACGUCUCCUUCAACGCAGAAGCUGUGGUCCAGGUCCACGUUUCUUCCCUGGCUUCAGGCUUCACGUGAAUCUGCUCCCUGUGUGAUCAACACUUGAUCUCUAACAGAUUCCCAUCACAGCCACUCAGUGUGAGUGUGCAGCUCUGGACUCACGGUGGAUUUGUUUAUGCACUCUGAAUGAUGAAGAUAAGAAGGAGACUUUGACAGAAAGCUAAAGUUAGCAUAAGCUAGUGAAAGUCUGUGGCUGCCGUUAGUUUGGAGGUUUUUCUGUUAAAACAUGUCAUCGCUAACGUUAUCUCCGUCUUGGGGGGUUGUUUGGGUUUGAUUUUGGAGAUUUUAGCUGAAUUUUAAUGGAAGUCAACAGCAAACUGCAGUGAUGUGAUGCUUCCCAACCUGUAAUCUGUGACUGGAAGGUGCUCAGCUGUUUCCAUCGGACUGAUGAACCAAUGAGGGUUCACCUCCUCUCUGUGUUCAGCUCUGACACAGUUAGCGGUCCAAUAAUUCCUCUUCUUACCUGCUGUUUGCUGAACAAAGCUGUUUUCUGACUUACGGAACAUCCUGUGAGCAAAGAAAUCGACUAACACACCAGCCCCAUCCCCCCCCCCCCCCCUUCCUCUGCGCACUCGCCACUCCCUCUUCCUCCCCGCUGACAAGAAAAGCUGUCAGCUGAGGCUGCACGCAGUGACUUCACUGUGCAGCUGAGAGGAGGCUCAGAGAGGAGGCUCAGAGAGGAGGCUCAGAGAGGAGGCUGAGAGAGGAGGCUCAGAGAGGAGGCUCAGUGAUCUGUGAGGAGGAUCAGUGACCUGUGAGGGGGCUCAGAGAUCUGUGAGGGGGCUCAGAGAGGAGGCUCAGAGAGGAGGCUCAGAGGGGAGGCUCAGAGAUCUGUUGGGAGGCUCAGUGAUCUGUGAGGAGGCUCAGAGAGGAGGCUCAGAGAGGAGGCUCAGAGGGGAGGCUCAGAGAUCUGUUGGGAGGCUCAGUGAUCUGUGAGGAGGCUCAGAGAGGAGGCUCAGUGACCUGUGAGGAGGCUCAGUGACCUGUGAGGAGGCUCAGUGAGGAGGCUCAGUGAUCUGUGAGGAGGCUCAGUGACCUGUGAGGAGGCUCAGAGAGGAGGCUCAGUGACCUGUGAGGAGGCUCAGUGACCUGUGAGGAGGCUCAGUGAGGAGGCUCAGAGAGGAGGCUCAGUGACCUGUGAGGAGGCUCAGUGACCUGUGAGGAGGCUCAGUGAGGAGGCUCAGAGAGGAGGCUCAGUGAUCUGUGAGGAGGCUCAGUGAGGAGGCUCAGAGAGGAGGCUCAGUGACCUGUGAGGAGGCUCAGUGACCUGUGAGGAGGCUCAGUGACCUGUGAGGAGGCCCGGGGGGAGAUGCCGUCUGGCUGCUGGAUCUCUGUGCUGCUGAUGCUGCUGCUGGCGGCGGUAACUCGGGCUCAGAGUGGAGACGGAGACGCCAUCGUGGAGCCCCGAAUCAGCUGCACCUCUCACAUCAUGACCAACAGCUGCAGCUUGACCUGUAAACUGGUCGGAGGCAGGAGCGACAACGUAGACGAUGAAGAUGAUGAGGCUGACAGCGUAGAGAAAAUCACAUUGUGUUACAGCGACUGGAGCGCAGCCAGGAUGGAGUGUGUGGAGGAGUCCGGCAACACCGUCACCUCCAGAGGUCUGAAACCUGUUGUCGACGUCAAUGUGACGGUCCACUUAAAGACCGGAGGCCCCAUCACAAAGAUGAUCGACCUGAAGAAAAUAGUUAAACCGAGGAGUCCUCAGGUGUGGAACGUUACGUUCGACCGCGAGUCAAACCAGGCUGUCAUUUAUAUUCGGACUCCGUACGAGAAUGAAUACCUGAAAGCAGACAAUCAGCUCUUCCAGCUGCUCAUCUGGACCGCCGGCAGCACGACUGUUCAGAACAUCUCAUCUUUAGACAUGAAGAUUGACAUGGAGCACCUCCACGAAAACACAGAGUACCACGUCAAGGUGCGGGCGAUACCGCAGACUUUCCUGCAGGGCACCUGGAGCGAGUGGAGCGAAACGUUCAGCUUCUUUACUCCCCCAGAGGACGGCCGAGAAACGUACACGCUGAUUGUGUGUCUCGUCCUUCUGGUGGCGGUGCCUUCCAGUGUCGUUUUCUUCUGGAAAAACAAAAUAUUUACCUACAUGUGGCCGAGCAUCCCCCACCCCAAACACACGCUGGUGCAGAUCUGCAAGCCAAAUAAAGGCCUCCUAUUGAACUUCAAACCUGAGGUGUUCAGUGUCCUUAAAGUUUACCCAAUGGUGAAAACAGAGGAGCAGCUGUGUGGGGUUACAGAGCCUUCAACUACAACUGCUGCUGCUGGAGGUGCGCGGUCGAAUCAUCCCUGCUCCACGCAGAGCUCCGACUCCUCCAGGAGCACCACCAGCGCCAGCACAGAGGAGCUGGAGCUGUCCGCCCUGCUGAGCAGGAGCUCCUCCGAGGGAGAGGACGGCCUCCGGAGCACCGGUCCAUCGCCCAUCGACAUCCUCCAGCUCAGGGAUGGACCUCACGCACCUCAGCCUGAACGCAGCAGCGGAGGAAAUAAGGCUGCGGCGUUUGGAGUGAGCCAGCAGGAGGAGGCUUACGUCACCAUGUCCAGUUUCUAUCAGAUCAAGUAGAUCGGGAGGGGUAGAAGCGGUGACGGACAGACAAAUCCACCAGGAUAUUACUCAAACUGAGAAUUACACUUCAGGAUGCUCUCACUUAGUAGUUCCCAACCUUAAGGUCAGGACUCCUUCUGAUGUCCUACAAUAAAUCUGAGGGGCCUCAAAUUUAAUGGAUAAGAAGGAAAGAGGAAAAAUCAGUUUUUAGUUGAACUGCUGACAGCUCAUAUGCACAGUAGGACCUGAACCUGCGAGUAGUGGUUACAAAGCUAUACUGCUUAAGGUUGUGAACCACUAACCUAAAGAGCAAACUGAGGAGUUAAAAAGUUCUUCUCUAAAUGUGAAGAAUGAGAGACGUAUAUCAUACCUAAGAGAAGAAAAAUCACAUGAUUGUAAUCACAGCAGGAACAGCCAAUCGGAGACAAAGAUUUACUCACAUCUUUUGCAUCCAUCCAUUCCUACAGAACAUCUAAAGAAGAAUCUGUACAUUAGAUCUGCAAAAGCACACAACUUCACACAAGUUCACUUUAAACGACCGCCUUAAUAUAGCGAAAUGUAGCUUCUGGCACUGAAAUGUAGCUUUUUAAGUAUUUUGUUGCUUUUGAUGAUACAUGAUUAUAUUAUAUUCAAGUACAUUUUCAUAAUAUCGUAUACUUUGUAGACUGACAUACCUCCACCGACAGUCAAGUUGGUUGUUGGAGGAACCAUUAUGCCAGUGUUUCUGUAUGUUUUACUACCAAUCACAGAACAGUGUGUCCAAUACUGACAAUACUACCUUCCAGGCAGCCCAUUGGUUGAAGGGUCAGUUCUUCAUCUUUCAUUGAGCUUGGUGCACUCUGUCCUGAAUCACCUAAAAAUGAGUGAAUCUCAAUCUAAAGUGUGUUUGUGAAGUGUUUUUUCACAAUGAGUUUCCAGAACUGGGGGGGGGGGGGGUGAGAGCUGUCUAUUGAAGUCCAAAAUCGCCCAUGGGUGUCUUAAAUCAGCCCUGUAACCACCUAAAGGAGCAUUACAACCUCCUCAAGAACCACCAGAACAACCUAAAAAAAUACCGGGAACUUCCUCCAAAUGACCACCUAAACAGCAAAUAAAUAAAGUAUAGUUAAUAAUCACCUACCAAACCAUACGGAUAGUAGAACCUCCCUACAACAACUAGAAUCCCUAAAUGACCACAAGAACCACCUGAAAGAUCCACAGAACCCCCUCAAUGACCACUAAAACCACCUUAAAGAUGUCCUAACUGACAACUCCGACCUCCUAAAUGUUUUGUUGUACCUCCUCACUGACCACAUGAAUCCCCUUGAAACACGACAACCACCUAGAGGAGCUUUCUCAGAAGCUUCUACAACCACCUACAGGACUACUAGAACCUCCUACAAUCACCUAAAUGAUACCUGUAACUUCCUCAAAUACCACUUAAACCAACCACUAGAUCCGACUAAAGGGCACAAAGAGCCUCCUCAAAGACCAUCUAAACGUUUAAAAUCACUAGAAUAACCACUAGAACCCCAUAAAGGCCCCAAAAACUGCAGUGACCAUAAGAACCACGCUGAAAGAACACAUAAACCACCUCAAGUACCACAUAAAAGAAUUCUAGAAACCCCUCAUGGCCGCCAAGGAUCACAACAACCAUUGUAUAAAUGAAUCUGAAUCUGAAUGACAACCUACACGGUUCUGUUAGGGUGCUGUGCCACCGCAGUCCUUCAGAACGGUUUCAGAGCUCUGGUGCCCUGGUUCAUUUGUUCAGGUUUCCCCUUUAGUUUGUCGCCUGUCUGCAUAAAGCAGGAGGGCAUGUUGCUGCAGCAACCGGACCCGACUUUCUGUUUGUGGAGACAUCAAACACGCGACACGCUGCUUCUUGAUGUAUCUGACACGAGCUUCACCUUGCGUUUCCUCGCGGCAGCAAAACACGUACACAGAACCUACGCUCUGUGUUCUAGACUGACAGUUCACUCCAGAUCCAGCUCUGCUACAAAUAUUGUGUGUCCUGUAUGAUUGUACCUGUGACCACGUGUGGUCUGACCAGUGGUUCUUAUUUAAACAGAGCCUGUUGUGUUUCAUAUUAACGUACAAUAAAACAAAGAACUGA